UCCGGUGAAGAAAACAACGGACGAAAGGGAAUUGAAAUUUUCGAGAGAAUUAAAGCGAAGAUAUGCCUGACGGAGUAUAAAACUGCAUAUUUAGCCAACUACCUUGUUGCUUUGGGAAUACUCAAAGGCAAUUUUCCAUUUCAAAAGGGAUUUAUGUAUUCUUUAGAUGUUGACAACGUCGAAAACGAUUUCUCUGUUAUACUUCCACUGUUUGAACAAUUUGAAAACACUGAAGCUGAACUGGAGGAUAUGCGGGAAUAUCCACAUUUCAUUGAAAAGGUUAAAGAAUUGGAAGUGAGUGAAAAACGCAACUUAAUGAAUGUGGAAUGGAUCAUCGACAAAUUAAAAGUCGUAACAGUGGUUGAUGGAAACGACCCACUUUCACCAUUUUUGUUGACUGAAGCUUGUUGUUCUGGAAACUUUGUAUACAAAACUGAAGAAGAUGGAACGAAGCAACACUUAUUCCAUGGAAACAAAAUUGAGAAUAUCAAAUUGUCGAGUUGUAAAGCUAAUAAUUACUCAUUGGACUCAACUGGAAUAAUUCUUACAGAAGGUUUCGGCUUUGACAUAUUUGGCUCAAUGGACUCCGAACAAUUUGAGACAAAACACGUCUUAAAAGUGUUUGGUCUCCCAGGGAAAAUCAACAUGAACUUCGACGACUUGAAAAUCGUGAUAAAUGGAAUACGUAUCGUCAAAAAAUUGAUUGAAGACGUUAAAAGCCGACUAACGCAAAACACGGAAAAAACCACGGAAAGGAACAACACCACGUUAUCAACGAUUCUCAAAGUUUCACGAAAGAAAAAGACCAACUCCAUUGUUACAUUUGACGUCUCAAUAUUUUUCGAUGGUUUUGAAUUCAGUGUUGGUCAUCCAAUCCUUCAUUGGCCACUUUUCAGUGGAAAAAUGCGGAAGUUUGCACUCUUGUUGUUUGGAAACAAAACGGAUGUUACUUUGGCGUUAAAUGCGGGUCUAUCCGCUGAUAUGUUUAACGAACACUUUGGAGAAUACGAAGAGGUUUUACAACCGUUACAAACAAAUGUUUUAAUUCGGGUUGUCCAAGGGAAUGUGAUGGGAGAGGAGAGGUUGUGCAUAUACCCGACUAUUGGAUUUGAAGACAGAAUCGAAUUGAGUAUCACUAAAGAAGUACUUUACAACGCUUGUCUCUUAUUUAAGAAACUCAAAGAGAACGAAAAGAUCACUGAUUUUGAGCAAGGCCUAAACCUUACUGUGAUAAACUGUUUGACUCUUCCCAAUGAAGUUACAAUAAAAGCCGGGGUAUCAGCAGACAACAUGUUUGAGUUGAUACCAAACACACCAGUCGUCUUGAGCAGUGAGAACACACGGAAACAAAUGAAUGAAAUUGUAUUGAAAAUUCCGGGUGCAGACGAAUUAGUGAAAAUGCCAAUUAACACCACUUUUUCACAAAUCCAUGUUCUAAAGAACAAAGUGUACUUCCUGAGCCGAAUGGAAUACAGUGAUGAUGGAUCGAAAACGGUUUAUUUGGAGUCUUGCAAAAGUGUGGAAAACAACUUGGAUGUUCCUCUUGACAUAUUAUUAAAGAGGACAGAACGAGUUGAGUGUAUUUCUGUGGCACCAAAAACUACUCAAUCGAUUCCACAGAGCUUUGUCAAACAAAAUCUGAAGAUUAAUAUCGGCAACGAAUAUUUUGAAUUGUCUAUGGAUGAUCUGGUGAAUGAUUAUGUGGAUCAAUAUUUAAAACCGGACUGCAAAAAUUGCGUGAAAAUAACAUGUGAAAAGGCAAUGCAUGAAACCAAAGACGGCAACUGCCCGGAGUUCAAAAUUAAAGUUGACUACAACUUUGUGUUCACCAACAGAUUGACAAAGGAUGUGUUACUCAAGUUUGAACCAAAUUUAAAUGAACUUCCAUUGUGCGUGAUUAUCAAACCAAACACCACUUACAAGACUUUAAAAGCAAACAUCACACUUUUUUCACUUGUUUAUGAAAGUGGCAAGAAGGCGAUAAACACGGAUAUGAAAGACAAUGAUGUCAAUUUUAUUACUUUGGACAACAAAAUGAAACUUCGUUUGAGGAAAGAAAACAACGAGAUAAUAGCAGAUAGUCAGUAUAUAGUUGUUAACCAAUUGGGUUAUCAACUUUCUUUGAUUAUCGGAAAUGACACUUUCGAUCUUGGAACCUCACCAAAUUGUAAAUUUGAUUUGGCGCUCGGGGCGUCUGACUUAAAGAUCAAAGUCAAAGACGCAGUUUCAGAUUCUUUGCCUUCGAAGUCCAUCACAACAGGCGAUUUGAAAAUUAAAGGGAAAGAGUGUUAUUUCGUUCAUUUGGAACUAUCGUCUUCAAAAGAGUUUAAAGGUGUGAAUACCAUUAUAAUAACACACUCAUACUUUGUUGCGAACUUAACAAAGUCUUUUAUAUAUCUCAGUGUUGGGAAUAGGUCAAUUGGAUUUUCAUCAAUGAAAGCAGAGGAAGAACCACAGCCGUUAGUUCUGCCUGGGAGUAACAACAAUGGAGAUACUACAGACUGUGUUCCCUCGUUUGGUGUUGGGUAUGGACCAGAUGGCCCAUGGACGGAGCCAGUAUCUUGUGUAUCGGGAAGUGUUGUUGGGUUAUCUGCCUUUGAAUUACUUGGCGAACAACCAAAGGACGUUUUAAUGAGUGUGAGGAACUUUUCUAAUGACAACGCCAUAGAUAAAGCAAAGCGAAAUGAAAGUGAAAACACCAACACUUAUUGUAUUAUUUUCGAGGAUGAAACAGUCAACAAAUGUAAGUACAAAAUUGUGAAUGAGACGAAUUAUAAAGUUGUGUAUGGGGUGUCUAUUAAAACUGGCUUGGUCCGACAUGUAACUGUCCCAGAACAUUCUGUGAAGGUUAUUAGUUCUCCCGGUGUGUCAAACAUAAAGAGCAUAAUAGUUUCAACGCCAUUCAUUGGUAAACAAUUUGAAAUAUCUUUGGAAAGGCCUGAAUUUGUGGGGGAAUAUAUGUAUGAAGAUAGGAUGUACUUCUGCUACACGUUCAUUAUCAGAGGAAUUAUGACACUUGUGUUUACUUCAAGUCUCUCAAAGACGUAUGAAGAAUGUCCACUUUACACAAUCACUCGUGAAAAAAUGACGGAGAGAUGGAUGGGGUUUGAUGUCAAGAACACGACAAAUGAAAUUAUCGUACCGGUCAUUAACUUGGAUUUGCAUAUAAAAGGGAUUGGUGUCGAUUUAAUCGAUCAAAACAGAGAAGAGUUGUGUUACUUUACAAUGAACAACGUAACACUUGAUGUGAUCAUCAACAGUGUUUAUGGGGAAGUUUCUUUCAAUAUUGAUUCACUUCAACUGGACAACGAAGUCUACCCAAAUAACAACGAUGUCCUUUUUUCAAUACCAAAAAGCAACAAACCGGCUGUUCAUGUUUCCUUUCAAGUCUUACAAAGCAACACGGAUGAAACAUUUUUAUACUUCCCUCUUAUUAACGUGUUGAUACAACCCAUCAAUUUGGUUAUAGACGGUUCUUGGGUUAAGCGUCUCUUUUCACUCUAUUACAGCAUGUCUGACUUCUCGACCCUUUUCACAACGUUUGCAACUACAAAUGAUGAACCUUCAAUAAAACGUAUUCCUCUUGUGCCAUCAAAGUAUUAUACUUUCAUUAGCAGUUUAGUGCUGCAAACGAUUGUUGUUGUUCUCACAAUCAAUCUCCAUCCGUCGGAAUUGCUGUUUAUCCCAUACAACAACAUCACCGCACUCCUUCACGCUUUGGGGUCUUCUAUAGUCAACAUCAACGAGUCGACAAUGGUGCUAACAACUGUUGCUGCGGACAACGUCACCGGUGACUUAAACGCACUCAAACAGAUCUUUGUCGAGCAUUACUACACACAAAUUAUCAAUCAGACCAUUCUUUUACUGACAUCUUCCUCGUUUUUAGGAAACCCUCGAGGGUUGCUUCAAGAUCUAUCCUCUGCUUGUUAUUACUUGGUUUAUGAACCCGCACAAGGAUUAACAGUGUCUGUUGGAUCAUUUGGAAAGGGGGUGGUAAGCGGGAUUUCAUCAUUUACGAAAUAUGCGACACAUGGCACCGCGGCCAGUGUUUCUUCAAUCACACGAACGGCGUCAAAUGUUGUUGCGUCGUUCAGUUUUGAUGAGGAGUAUAUUAAAAGUCGAAAUCAACAAAAGAAGGCAAGUGGUGUGUUUGAUGGACUCAGAAAAGGAUUUUAUUCAUUGGGAUGGGGAGUGUGGGAUGGUGUUACUGGUGUGGUUGCCCAGCCUGUGAAUGGCAUAGUGAACGAAGGUUUGUUUGGCUUCUUAGGAGGUGUUGUGAAAGGGGUUUCUGGUCUUGUCACACGACCAAUAGUCGGUCUCUUUGAUUUUGUGAGUCAGACAACAAAUGGGAUCUCUGAGACAAUGAGAGGGGAGAAGACACAUAAAUUUAGAAAUGGGAGAAUUGUGAGUAAAAGCACAUGUUUAUUACCUUACAAUGCUAAUGAUGCUUAUUUACUGAAACUUGUGAGAGAAGAAAGUUACGACAAUAUGCUGGUCGUGAGUCUAAGUACUGACACCAUGUCAUGGAUAUUGGGGUUUGAACGGUUUUAUAUUUGUCCAUUACGAGGUCCAAUACAAUCGUUCAGAUUUAAUACCAUUGAAAUUUUUAAAUACACAGAUUCAAUCUACUUGAAAGAGAAGAACGUGAAAAACGGAAGAAACAUAAGUCAUGUGGAUGUGUAUAUAAAGGGAAAGGAAUGU